AUGAGAAGUGUAAAAACCUCCUCCAACCUCUUCUCGUCAUUAUCGCACAGCAAAAUCCUAAACUUUACUCCGAUCAAUGAACCCAUCCCCGCUUUUCUCCAUCUCACUCCUAUCCAUCACAACCACCUUCCAAUUAAUCCCCCACAAUCACAAAUUAGAACAUCAAGCUCAACAAAAAACGAAAAACCCACCAACCAGAUUCCCACAAAACCCUUUCAGCUCCAAGUGAUUCAAUCAGAAAGCUAUAAAACACGAAGAACAGUCAACCAUUCACAUGCGAGUUGGGUAGGGACAGCACCAAAUCCAACUGCUCCUCCGGUUCCAGCGCAUGUUAGCACAGACCGGUCCGGCCCGCACCAAUCAGUCCGUAGGCGUAGACACACAUUAUAG